AUGGCUUCCGGGGACAAGGAGUACCGGCCGAUGGUCACUUGGAUGUAUGACCUGAUCCUGUGGUUCCUCUCGCUGCUGGUCGACCUGUUCUUCCGCGAAGUGCAUCCCCGCGGCUCAUGGAAAGUCCCCAAGCGAGGGCCGGUGAUUCUCGUCGCUGCUCCCCAUGCCAAUCAAUUCGUGGACUCCCUCAUCCUGAUGCGGGUAAUGCGCAUGGAACUUCACCGUCGAAUCGCCUUCCUGAUUGCCCAGAAAUCAUUCAAACGCCGUUUUGUAGGCUUGCUCGCUCGAUUUACGGGCUCGGUCCCCGUUACACGAGCAAUGGACAACUUGAAGCCGGGCAAGGGAACUAUUUAUCUACCAGACCCCAUCAACAACCCGACCUUGCUACGCGGCCGCGGGACAGACUUUACUUCUUCGGCGUUUGAAGUUGGCGGGACUAUCUCGUUGCCCUCGGUUAAUGGACAGUCGAGCAGUACGGAUAUCAGCGAGAUCCAGGGACCCGAGGAAAUCAUAUUGAAGAAGCCGUUCAAGACACAGCAGGCCCUGCAGCAGUUGACGGGGCGAGACGACGUGGAUGAAAGCGGCAACUUUACCGGGGGUGCGAAUGUUAAGAGCCCAGCUGAGUUUCAGGGCUCGAGGUUCAAGGUUGCGCCGCAUGUUGACCAGACACAGGUGUAUAAUGCUGUCUUUGAUACGCUGAACCAGGGAGGCUGUAUUGGUAUCUUCCCGGAGGGCGGAAGUCAUGAUCGUCCGGAUCUGUUGCCGUUGAAAGCUGGCGUUGCGCUGAUGGCGCUUGGAGCUGUGGCUGCCAACCCUGAUUGCGAUGUGACCAUUAUACCCUGUGGAAUGAACUAUUUCCAUGCCCACAAGUUCCGGUCUCGGGCGGUCAUUGAAUUUGGCAACCCGGUCAAGGUGCCUCCGGAGCUGGUCAAGAUGUACAAGGAGGGCCAGAAGCGAGAGUCUGUAGGCACCCUGUUGGACACGAUAUACCAGGCCCUGGUCACCGUUACCGUCACAUCUCCUGACUACGAAUCUCUUAUGGUCAUCCAAGCUGCAAGAAGGCUGUACAAUCCUACAGGGAAGAAACUCCCGCUGCCGAUGGUUGUCGAGCUCAACCGUCGUCUGGCCAAGGGAUACGCUCACUACAAAGACGACCCCCGGAUUAUCAGCCUGAAAAAGUCUGUGUUGGACUACAACAAGCAGCUCCGCAUCCUGGGCAUCCGAGACCACCAGGUCCAGUAUGCCAAAUUCUCCUUCUUCAAAGUGGUGGCCACCCUCAUCUACCGCCUGGGCAAGCUGGCAGUCAUGGCCAUCGGCACUCUGCCCGGCUUCGUCCUCUUCCUGCCCGUCUUCGUGGCCACCAAGAUCAUCUCUAUCAGAAAGUCCCGAGAGGCACUGGCAGCGUCCAGCGUCAAGAUCCAGGGCCGCGACGUAAUGGCUACCUGGAAGCUGCUCGUGGCCCUCGCCUUUGCACCGCUGCUCUAUACCUUCUACACCGUCCUGCUCACCUACUGGACCUACAGCCACCGGGUCUGGGGCUAUGUACCUGACUGGGUGCCCUCUGGACCAUCAUUCCCUUCAGCUUCUGGAUAUUCCCAUCCAUCACCUUCGCCGCUCUCCGCAUCGGAGAAAUAG